UGGAGGUUUGGUAUUAGUAAUCAACCCCAUUCUUUCUAGCAAUGGUGGCUAACCCAGCACCUAACUACGUGUUUCUCUAUGCUUAUUUUAUUUUGUUUUUUUAACUUUAUUUAUUGUGUUCUCCGUCAAUGCUCUAGUUUAUGUUGUAUUUGGCUUCUCAUAACUUAAAAGCUUCAAGAUAGAAAGCAAUAGAAGAACCCAGAGAAAAUCAAAUUAACAAAGGCAUUAUUAGUUAAACCUAAACCAUGUGCUGCUGCUCUGAAGAUUGUAAAUGCAGGCCUCUUGGGUUUUUGUUGGGCCUGCCUUUUGCCUUCUUGUCUCUUCUCAUCUCCCUUGUGGGUGUGGUUGUUUGGAUCGUUGGGUUGAUUUUGACAUGCAUAUGUCCAUGUUGCCUUUGCGUGACCAUCAUAGUUGAGUUUGCUCUAGCACUCAUCAAGGCUCCAAUUGUGGUUAUGGAAUGGUUCAUCUCCAAGAUUCCAUGUUAAAGAUAUGUUUGCAAUUUCAAAGAGAUGGUGCUUAUCAGAAAUUGUAAUGGAUUCUUUGUUAGGUUGUGUUCUUAGUUGAUUCAUGCAUUUGUUUAAUUAUGUUCAAACGAAUGUGGGGAGCAAGGAAGUGCUUUGCUGGUCUUGUGCUGAAUUCUGAUUUGAGCGAUUUUCAAGAUAUAUAUUUUUUUCCUUU